AUGGCGGGACCAAACAUGGAGCUCUUUCGCUUUGCGCUUUAUCUUGCAUUCCCACUCGGGUUUAUGGUGUACUUUGGUGAUCCCGCUUGGUAUGACAAAUAUGUCAUUCCGAUUCGCGAACGUUAUGUGCCUCCAGAAACCGACUUUCGGCAACCAAAGUCACGCGAAGAACUUCAAGAGUUACUUGCUAAAAAGCGUGGAAAUGCGCCGCAUAGUACGUCUGCGCCGCUGCACCCCGAGUUGGCGCGCAGCCUCGCCGCAUGGAGUAACGCAGACGAUGCGCGUCUAGUGUAA